UCUCAGGACCUUUGCACUCUGUGCCCUCCCACCUGAGAGACCCCCCCUGCUCACACACACCCACUGCAGACCUCUGAUUUAGCCUCUGGUUUGGAUUAUCUGGCUGCUGGACGCUGUCGGAGCAGCAUGGCUGUGCUAAAGCUGCUGUCCGUCCUGUUCCUGAGCGCACAGCUGUGUGCUGGACACAGAGGAAGAGGCAGCAGAACAGGUGCUGAGUUUGGGAAGAGAAAGAAAGUGACCUAUGAGCCUCAAGCGGUGUUCAGGGUGUUUUCUCCAGAGGUGGACAUGGAGGAUACCUGCACGGUCAAGCUGUUCCAACAGCAGACUCUGCAGUCCUGUGGCUUCAAUAGCAGCCACCCAUUGGUCAUCAUCACUCACGGCUGGUCGAUGGAUGGGCUGAUAGAGAACUGGGUCACCAAACUGGCUACUGCACUGAAGAGCUCACAGAAAGACAUUAAUGUCCUGUACACUGACUGGAGGACCCUGGCACACCAACAUUACCCCAUCGCUGCUCAAAACACACGCAUCGUGGGGCGAGAUCUCGCCCUGCUGCUGAUGUGGCUCGAGGAUUUCAUUCAGGUUCCUGUUAGUAAGGUUCACCUCAUUGGUUACAGUCUUGGAGCUCAUAUAUCAGGAUUUGCUGGCAGUAACCUGGCCAUGUCCGGGAAGACGCUGGGGAGAAUCACUGGUCUAGACCCAGCAGGUCCGCUGUUUGAGGGCAUGUCUGCUUCAGACAGACUCUCGCCAGACGACGCCCGGUUUGUAGAUGCCAUCCACACAUUCACUCAGCAGCACAUGGGUCUCAGCGUGGGCAUCAAACAGCCUGUGGCUCACUUCGACUUCUACCCCAACGGAGGAUCAUCACAGCCUGGCUGCCAACUGCACGUUAAAAACCUGUAUGCCCACCUGUCUCAGUACGGACUUAUGGGUUUUGAGCGGACAGUAAAGUGUGCCCAUGAACGCUCCGUCCACCUUUUCAUCGACUCUCUUCUGAACAAAGAUAAGCAGAUCACAGCCUACAAAUGCAGCAGUAAUGAAGCCUUUAAUAAGGGGGUGUGUCUGGACUGCCGUAAGAACCGCUGCAACACUUUGGGCUUCGACAUCAAGAAGAUCCACACCAGCAGAAGCAAGAAGCUCUUCCUCAAAACACGCUCUCUGAUGCCAUACAAACUGUACCACUUCCAGUUCAGGAUCCAGCUGUUCACACAGAUUGAGAGGAUUGACCCCUCUCUCAGCAUCACACUGACCGGGACACAGGGAGAGAGCGAGACUCUGCCAAUAGUCCUAGAGGAGGAGAUUUCAGGUAACAGGAGCUACUCCUUCCUCAUCACUCUGGACAGAGAUAUCGGUGAUCUGAUGAUGCUGUAUAUCAGCUGGGAGGACGUCCCGCUGUGGGCCAACAUGUGGAGCAGGAUGAAGACAAUAAUGCCCUGGAGGAACAAAGACAGCGAGCCUCAGCUCACUGUAGGCAGGAUCCGGGUGAAAGCGGGGGAAACGCAGCAGAAGACCGGUUUCUGCGCUCAGUCUGAAGACUCCGCCUCUAUUCAUCCCGCUGAGCAGAAGCUGUUUGUUCGCUGUGAUGAAAACCCCCUGCGCUCCAGACGAGUGACAUCACGCCGGUGACAUCAGCACGCGCCAGAGUGACUGUAUGAGCACUUUAUGAGCAUCAGCGCUGCCAGGAUUUAAUCCUGUGUGAUUAAUAACGAGGGGCUGGUGCUCAUCGAGGGGGAUUCCCUUUAAAACAAACAAAAAACAAAUAAACAACUAAAUUAAACAAAGAAACAAUUAAGAAAUGAAUGCAUUUUUA